CGCCCCUCCCCGGUGUCCUUGAAAUAUGGUGAACCGGACUGGCCCGCGAUCGUCACGUGACGCCCGGCGUGUGCUAGCCUGGCAACCGUCCUGGAGACGGACCCAGCUGGCUGCGCCAUGAACGUGAUCUACCCGCUGGCGGUGCCCAAGGGGCGCCGGCUCUGCUGUGAGGUGUGCGAAGCCCCUGCCGAGCGGAUGUGCACGGCCUGUACAGUCACUUACUACUGUGGUCCAGUGCAUCAAAAGGCUGACUGGGGCAGCAUUCAUGAGAAGAUAUGCCAGCUCCUGAUUCCACUGCGCACCUCCAUGCCCUUCUACAACUCUGAGGAGGAAAGGCAGCAUGGUCUGCAGCAGCUGCAGCAGCGGCAGUGUGAUCAUAACAAGAUGCCACAAGCUGGGUGGUCCGAACAACAGGGAUUGAUUUUCUCAACAAUUCUAAAGGCUGAAAGUCCAAGUCAAG